AUGGAGAUGUCAAAUUUACAGCCGAGCUCCUCGACUGACAAGGGAGCUGCUCAGCGUGUCGAUACUAGAUACACCGAUGACCCGGAGCGAACGAGAUCGUCAGAUCUCUCAAGAGCUGAUACAUCCGGCACCGAGGGGGAGACAGCUCCAAUCAAUGGCGCGGCGGAAUAUCGAGUCUACAAAGUCAGGUGGUUUGGUUUGAUACAAUUGGUCUUGUUGAACGUCAUUGUCAGCUGGGACUGGCUGACUUUCUCGCCCGUAGCCAACACGGCUGCUGAUUUCUACGGCACGAACCCCAGCAUUAUCAAUUGGCUCUCGACAGCUUUCCUUUUUGCCUUCGUCGCUGCAUCGCCUUGGACAAUAUUCGCCUUACAUCGUGGGGGACCGCGUCUGGCUAUCAUUACCUCUUCGAUCCUUAUUUUGAUCGGCAAUUGGAUACGAUAUGGAGGCACGCGGACCAGGGUGCCAUCCUUCGGGCUGACUAUGUUCGGUCAGAUAUUGAUUGGACUUGCCCAGCCCUUCGUGCUCUCAGCACCGACCUACUACUCAGAGCUUUGGUUCUCUCCACGAGGGCGGGUAUCGGCUACGGCCAUUGCUUCACUUGCCAAUCCAUUUGGAGGUGCCUUAGGCCAGCUGAUCGAUCCUUUCCUCGCCAACAAACCAUCCGAGAUACCCAGCAUGACUCUUUACGUUGCAAUCAUCAGUACCGUAGCCACUAUUCCAUCGUUCUUCGUCCCCGCUAAACCUCGGACGCCUGUCUCGCCGAGUUCGACGCAGAGGGCACCAGACAUCCGGUCCGCUCUGCGGCUGCUAUCCACCAAUCCUACGUUCUGGCUCAUUGCUAUCCCUUUCUGGAUCUAUGUUGGCUUCUUCAACUCGAUCAGCUCUCUCCUGACACAAAUCAUGACACCAUACAAGUUCUCCGAGACCGACUCUGGCAUUGCUGGUGCCUUACUGAUACUCGUGGGACUUGUCGCUGCGGCAAUUACUUCGCCGAUCAUCGACCGCACAAAAGCCUAUGUACCCCUGAUUCGGACGUUAGUGCCUAUCAUAGCCUUGUCUUACUUGGCCUUCAUUUGGGCACCGGGAACUCGCUCGGUCGCAGCACCAUUCGUAAUUCUCAGUGUCCUCGGCGCUGCCUGUUUCAGUCUCGUACCAGUCGCAUUAGAAUUUCUAGUAGAAGUCAAUUAUCCAGUUGGGCCAGAAGCAACUUCAACUAUUUGCUGGACUGGUGGUCAGCUGUUCGGUGGCAUCUUCAUUCUCAUUUCGGACGCGCUCAAGGCAGGUAAAGAAGCCGAUCCUGCCUUCAAUAUGGGCAAGGCCUUGAUCUUUCAAGCGACUUGUGCUUUGGCGGUCGUACCUUGCGUAUUGCUACUUGGUAGACUGGGAGCUAUCAGCAGCAAGCGUUUGCAUGUCGACAAAGGUACAGGGCCACCUUCGACCACCAUAGAUACAGGAUGA